GUAGCCUUAUUGUAAGCUAUGCAGACGUCGUCUCACCUACUCUAGAGACACUGAGCCUGUAAAACAUUUUAUUCCUCCCGGUGAAAUUGGCUAUAUCCAAGGAAAAAUACUGGAGAGCGACCCAGGGGAGCUCUUGGAAGUUCUUGUAUGUCUCGACCAUACUUCCUGUUUAAGGAAACCAAAAGAACUCCAGAGAUUAUUUCAUAGCUCUGCUUUGUUUUAGCACAGAGUUGUAAUAUUUUUGACUAAUCUGAAGGGGGCAGCAGUACGCCAUCACUCUGUCAAGACCGCAGAGGAAGAAGAAGAAGAAGAAGCGUCUCACGACAACCUUAAACAACUGAGUUCUAGCUCCUUAAACGCACAAUUAAGCUAACGCAUUGAAUUGUUUAAACACGGGGCAGCAAGUGAAUUUUUCCAUACCAGCUUUACAUAGAAGCCGCCUUCGAGUUGUCGGCUUCUACAUACAUUCAUUCACAAGAAGCUGCUGGUUGUUUGCAGGCAAACUGUGGCUAAGCGACAACAAAGAGACUACAGCUGCACACUGAUACACUGUUGUGUUAGCAAAAAUCGUGUUUUUGUUUUUUUUUUUUUUUCCUUCUCCCUUAAGUGAACAGACAGUUUGAAUCAGACUGACAUGACGGGGAUGGCCUCUCCAGAGAAGGCGUCAAGCUCAAAAAAGAAGGGCGAGAGAAAGUGUGCCACCAAAGAGGAGUAUAGGCAGCUGUCCAGCAUCAUGGGAGUCAUGAACAAUCUGAGAAAGCAGGGUACACUUUGUGAUGUGACCCUUGUGGUUCAGGGAAAACACUUCUCUGCCCACCGAGUGGUGCUAGCUGCUGCUAGCCACUUCUUCAGCCUUAUGUUUACAACCAGAAUGAUGGAGUCAAUGUCCCACGAGGUGGAGCUUAGGUGUGCUGAGCCUGAGAUCAUUGAGCUGCUGAUUGAAUUUAUCUACACUGCAAGAAUCUCUGUCAACAGCAGUAAUGUCCAGUCAUUGCUGGAUGCAGCCAACCAGUAUCAGAUUGAACCUGUGAAGAGGAUGUGUGUGGAGUUCCUCAAAGGACAGAUUGAUGCAACAAACUGCCUAGGUAUUUCAGCCCUUGCUGACUGUAUGGAUUGUCCAGAUCUGAAGGUGGCUGCAGAUGACUUUUUCCAAAUUCACUUCACUGAAGUCUACAAAUUGGAUGAAUUCCUGCAACUGGAUGUUGCACGGCUUACACAUCUGCUGCACCAGGAUAAACUCACCGUCCGGGCUGAGGCCCAGAUUUAUGAUGCUGCAGUGCGCUGGCUGAAGUAUGAUGUAUGUAACAGAAAACAGUACAUGGUGGAGGUGUUGGGGUGCGUUCGCUUUCCUCUGGUUUCCAAAACAUUUCUCUCCAAGACCGUGCAGGCUGAGCCUCUCAUCCAGGACAAUCCACAGUGCCUCAAGAUGGUCAUCGGUGGGAUGCGUUACCACCUGCUGUCCCUGGAAGACCGUGAGGACCUGGGAGAGAGCAGUCGGCCACGACGCAAGAAGCACGACUACCGCAUCGCUCUGUUUGGAGGCUCACAGCCUCAGUCAUGCCGCUAUUUCAACCCGAAGGACACCAGCUGGACAGACAUCCGCUGCCCCUUUGAAAAACGCCGCGAUGCCACGGCCAUCUUCUGGGAUAAUGUGGUUUACAUCUUGGGUGGUUCGCAGCUCUUUCCCAUCAAGCGUAUGGAUUGCUACAAUGUCCUGAAGGAUAGCUGGUACUCCAAGCUGGGUCCGCCCACACCUCGCGACAGUCUGGCUGCCUGCGCUGCUCAGGGAAAGAUCUACACAUCUGGGGGAUCAGAAGUAGGCAACUCAGCCCUGGACCUUUUUGAAUGCUACGACACAAGGACAGAGUCAUGGCAGAUCAAAACCAGCAUGCUGAUGGCCCGCUGCAGCCAUGGGUCCGUAGAGGCCAACGGGCUCAUUUAUGUUUGUGGAGGAACGGUGGGGAACAAUGUCUCUGGCAGAGUCCUCAACAACUGUGAGGUCUACGACCCCAACACGCAACAAUGGAGGGAGUUAUGUGGGAUGAGAGAGGCCAGGAAGAACCACGGGCUGGUGGUGGUUAACAACAGAAUCUAUGCUGUUGGAGGGCAGGGGGCAAUAGGUGGACUGGACUCAGCUGAGUACUAUGAUAUUGCAACUAACGAGUGGCGUGCCGCCUCACCAAUGCCAUGGCGAGGUGUAACAGUGAAGUGUGCAGCAGUUGGUGACAUCAUCUAUGUGCUGGCAGGAUUCCAAGGAGUGGGGCGGCUUGGACACGUCCUGGAAUAUCAUACCGAAACUGACAGGUGGGUGACUUGCAACAAGGUGCGAGCGUUUCCCGUCACAAACUGCUUGAUCUGUGUGGUCGACACCUGCGGAGUCAACGAAGACGAAGAUAUGGACCUCAUAGACUCUCAGCCACAUGCCGCAGCCACUGCCUCUUCAUCUUCGUCAGCCUCAUCAUCCUCAUAGUGGUAGAAACAGAUUAUGUGUACUCAUAUAUUAAGUUGUGAUGUUUGCUGACAGUUCCGACAGCCAAUGAACUGAUUUAUGUGGGCUUAGACCUGUUUUUCAGAAAGGAGCUCAUAGUAAGUUUUAGACAGUAAAAUGGUUAUGUUCUUUAACAAGUGAAGCAGGCAGUUUUCUUUCUAACAUUUAGCCAGUCCAGAAUAUUAAGUCCUAAUUUUUAGGGCUGGACACUAGUUUCAUCUAUCCAUUCCCUGGAUAGGUAAUAGGAUAUUCAUCUGAAUGUCAAUUAAAGCACCUGCCAACAAAUCUUCAGGCAAUACUGCUACACACACAGCUGUCUUGCUCUCCUGCUUACUUCUCUCUAUCUACUGCUCAGUGAAUGGCGGCAGGCAGUGUGCAGCUGGACCCAUGAAUUUGCUGUUUUCAUGUUGGUAGUUUUGUUUGUAUUUUGUUAGCCACACAGAAUGUGUGUUUUCUAUGAGAGGAAGAAGGAAAGGUGUUCUGUUGCUUCUAACUUUCUUCUUUGAAUGAUUAAUUUACAUGAAAAUGUAGCUGAAAACAGCACACCUUUCUUUGGUUUAUCUAAGGGCCAGAAUUUGUUGGACAUAGACAGUUUUUGUAUCUGCGCUUCUCUACGCAACCACAGUAGAUUUUAAAUCAAACAAUCAAGAUGUGAUUGAAGUGGAGACUUUCAGCUUCAAUUCAAGGGGUUUAACUUAACUGUUUAGGAAUUAGUCAUUUUUUAUACAUAGACUCCAUUUUCAGAGGCUAAAAAAAAAAAUCUGUGUAUUUGCUUCUUUGACUGCAAACUCCUCCUUAUAACAUCUGAUUUAUAGCCACAAAACCUGAAUUAUACAUGGCUAGCAACCACCUAGCAAUGAGCUAAAAAAAAGCCCAGACAUUUUUAGCACAUAAACAUUUUCCAACAGUUUUUACUUUCUCAUUAAGUAUAUUAGUUUGCCAACAGCACAAUUAUGCCAAAUAAUACUGUAGGAUGGGCACGUAUUAGCAAUUUUAAAUAUUAAGAUUCUUUUUAAUACUUGGAUAAAAAUCCUUUGCACCCACUGACUCACUUUUGCAGCAUGCUUUGGGUUGUUAUCCAUUUGCACUAUGAAGUGCUGUCUGAUCAGUUUUGCAGCAUUAGGCUGAAUAUGAGCAGAGUACAGCCCUGCGCACUUGACAAUUCAUCCUGCUGCUUCUAUCAGCAGUCACAUCAUCAACCCAUGUCCUAACACUGCCUCCAUAAUGUUUGACAGAUAAUAUUUAAUGCUUCAGGUUAUGAGCUGUUUCUCUCCUUCUCCGUACUUUUCCCAUCAUUCUGUUAAAAAUUCAUCUUGGUUUCUUCUGUCAUUAAUCUGGCUUUCUUCUUGAGUGUUCUUGACUUGGUAAGAUGUUUUGAAGGGGUUUUUCCUAACCAUGGAAAUAAUUCUGUUAUGAUCCCCUUUUUUUUUUUUUUUUUUUUACCCCAUCUUCUGUGGUCUUUCAGGCCCUUUGGUAUUGCUUGGCUGACCAGUACAUUCUUCUCUUUUAGAAUGCACCAGAUUGCUGAUUUGGCCACUUCGAAAGUUUUUGUUGUCUCCCUGAUAGGUUUAUUUUGGCUUUUCAGCUUAAAGAUGGUCUCCUUCACUUGCAUUAUCUCUUUGGACCUCAUAUUUAAAAUUAAAACGAAAUGUUAAAAAAAAAUGCAAAUUCAACACUUUGAAUCAACUACAGAUACUGUGUCUGCUUCAUUUGUCAGGAAAUAGCAAUGGAACAGGCCUCACCUGGCAGUGUGACCCUUUGGUAGUCAAUUGUCCAAUUACUUUUAAUCCUCAGAAAAUGGGGGACUGCAUAAAAGUGUAAUACCCAAACAGUUAGUGCAAAGGUUUUGUUAAACCCUGUGAAUUAAAGCUGAAAGUCUGCACCUCAAUUAUAUCUUCAUUAUUUGAUUUAAAAUCCACUGUGGUGGUGUCCAGAGGCAAAGCUCCAAAAAAUUAUGGACCUAACUGCAAUUUUAGACACCUGUCUUUCCUGGAGCUAGUAUUGGAGGCAGUUUUUCCACAGAUUUAAAUCUUUCUAAAUUUACAUUGGAAAAAAAAAGUAUUCUGCUAAAUUUUCUUCUUUGUGU